GACGGCCACCAGCAGUAUUCCUCAAUUCGUUGCGCGCGUAGUCGGACGUGUCGUGCGCAGAGUGUGUGUUGUGCCAGCUUAUACACAGAACACAAACACUCGCAGUGUAUUUAGUAUAAGAAUAGAAAUACUACAUAACCAAUCAAAAUGGGCAUGGCUAUCAAUAAUCUACCCCAGAUCCGCGAGGAAUGCGAGAUCUUCCAGUGGUCCGACAAGCAGCUACGGGAGGUCAUGGUGCGCCUCCACAGCGCCAUUGAGAAAGGUCUCGGCAGUGAUACGCAUGAAUCCUCCAUCGUCAAGUGCUGGAUCACUUACAUUCAAGACUUACCCAAUGGAAAAGAACGCGGUAAAUUUUUGGCGUUAGAUUUGGGUGGAACCAACUUCAGAGUAUUAAUAAUAAAUUUAGGUGAUAAUCACUUCGACAUGCAGUCCAAAAUUUAUGCUAUACCUCAACACAUCAUGACUGGUACUGGAAUAGCUCUGUUCGAUCACAUAGCAGAGUGCUUAGCCAAUUUUAUGAAGGAACACGGAGUGUAUGAAGAACGUUUGGCGCUCGGAUUCACAUUCAGUUUCCCGCUAAAACAACUUGGUCUCACGAAAGGCAUUUUACAACGAUGGACCAAAGGAUUCUCUUGCUCUGGCGUUGUCGGCACAGAUGUCGUCCAGGGAUUAAAAGACGCCAUCGCGAGACGUGGAGACGUACAGAUUGACAUAUGCGCUAUUCUGAAUGACACCACGGGUACAUUGAUGUCUUGCGCGUGGAAAAACCACAACUGCAAAAUAGGACUCAUCGUUGGUACCGGCAGCAACGCGUGCUAUGUUGAGAAGACGGAAGCCUGUGAGACAUUUGAAGGAGGCUUGAGCAAACAAGACAUGGUUGUAAACACAGAGUGGGGAGCAUUUGGAGAUGAUGGAGCACUUGACUUUGUACGCACAGAGUUCGACCGCGAAAUCGACCAACAUUCCGUUAACCCAAGCAAACAAAUUCAGGAGAAGAUGAUAUCUGGCAUGUAUCUGGGAGAACUUGUCCGUCUUGCGCUCGUGAAAUUUACGCGGAUGGGUCUACUCUUUGGAGGUCGCGGCUCGGAUCUUUUCUUCCAACGAGGCAGCUUCUACACUAAAUACGUUUCUGAAAUUGAGUCUGACAAACCAGGAGAUUUCACGAGCUGCAUGGAAGUGCUUGAGGAAUUGGGGUUGUCCCAUGCGACAGAGGCUGACAUGGCGGCUGUGCGACACGUGUGCGAAUGCGUCUCGAAGCGGGCCGCGCACCUCGUGUCGGCCGGGCUCGCGGUCCUCAUCAACAAAAUGGGCGAGCCGCGCGUCACCGUCGGCAUCGACGGCUCCGUCUACAGGUUCCAUCCGCACUUCCACGCGAUCAUGUGCGAGAAGAUCGCACAGCUGAUUCGGCCCGGGCUACAGUUCGACCUCAUGCUGUCAGAGGACGGUAGCGGGCGCGGGGCGGCGCUGGUGGCGGCGGUGGCGUGCCGCGAGAUCCAAAAGGCCGCGUAAGCGGCUGACCCUCUCCGUCCCACUGUACCUUCACCACCAACGUGACUGGGAUCGCACGACGUUUUCUAGGUUAGGCCGUAGCUCGAGUGAGGCUUUCCCAAAGAUUUCGGCUUCUAAAAUGUUUAACAGUUGUGACCAAAGUAUUUAUUUCGAUCUGAUGGAAACAGCCCGGACUAGAUGCUGGACAUCUCAGUUUUUUUGUGGGACGGUUUUAACGGUCCUAAAUCAGCUUUAUUUUCCCAUACGUUCGGGUUACAUAAUUAGGAUAAUGUAGAGUAUUAUAACCCUAAAGUAGCGCACCAAAGACGCGACUGCGUUUGUCCGGUCUGGCGACGGUUAGAUAGAUUUAAUACAUGUUAUUGGUCUCAAAUAUAUCUUAGGGAAAUCGCCUCUAGUGGUCGGAGCAUUUUAAUGUAUGCAAAUGUAUAUGGGUCAGUAGAUGAAAAGAUAGAUUCCGGUGAUAUUUUGGAAAGUCUUCAGUUUAUGUGUUCUACUCUAUGUCCCAAAAGUACUUUUUAGAUGGACACUAAGAUCCUAACUUAAAAACUUUUAUAUCGAUGUCCAAAAGAUUUUAUUGUACUUAUAUUGGUAAGUAGUCUAGUCACAAACCAGGAUUAAGUUAUCUGUUGCUACAUCUUCUUGAGUCUUGAAUUUCGUUUCACCAUUUAUUUACUGAGCUUGUCCUGGUUUUUUACACUUGUAAUAAUAUUGAUCUUAGUGUCGGUCUGCGCGCUCUGCAUUCAUUUGCAGUUUCGUAGCCAGCAGUGCAGAGACCUGGCCCAACCAUCAGCGAUAUUUCCUUUUAUUAGCAAUAAGUAGAUAAAAAUGUACUUUAACGGAGAAAAAGCUCUUGUAUUUUAUAACGAUGUUGAAGUUUGAGUAAGAAACUAUUGUUAAAUAUAUGAUUAGUCUUAUACAGAACAUCACAUACGAAAAGCAAACUAUCUGUUGAUACCAUAUUUAUUCAAGUAUUUUUAUACAAAUAAUUAAACACAAAAAAAACGAAUAUUUAGCACAUGCUACCCUAAGUCCAAGACUUACGCAUUGUGAUGCCAUAAGAAGUUAUUUAGAGGAAUUAUAGGUAACAUUGUACAACUGUAUGAAAUAAUACACGAGAAUCUCAGUUACGUCUCUGCGGAUAUUGUAAGCGUAUAGUGAGCCAUUGUUGUUGAUCAUUCCAUUUAUAGGACACCACAAGCAAUCACUCUCAUUUGUCUAUCAACUGGCAUCCAAUUAGGUAGGUUCUAAGUAUAAC